AGAAGACAACUUGUUGUCUAGCCUUCUGGGAAACGCAAAAAGAGAAAGAAAAAUUAAUUUCUUGCAAUCGAAGUCUGGAGAAAGAGAAGAAACCCUAGUAACAAAGUUUUGGUCUUUUGCUUUAAUGGAUCGCGGUUCUGUGGCUGUUGAGUCCUCGCCGUCAUCAGCGACUGCGCCGAGUACUGCCGUGGCGGCGACGGCGCUUGCUCCCGGGUUCCGAUUUCAUCCGACUGAUGAUGAACUCGUGAGCUAUUACUUGAAGCGAAAGGUUCUGGGUAGACCCGUGCGGUUCGAUGCGAUUGGGGAUGUCGAUAUCUACAAGUACGAGCCUUGGGACUUAGCAGUGUUUUCGAGGUUGAAGACAAGGGACCAAGAAUGGUACUUCUACUGCGCGUUAGACAAGAAGUACGGCAACGGCGCUAGAAUGAACCGAUCCACCAACAUAGGCUACUGGAAAGCCACCGGAAAAGACAGAGAAAUCCGGCGCGACGAUCAGAUCCUCGGUAUGAAGAAGACGCUCGUCUUCCACAGCGGGCGUGCCCCGGACGGGCUCCGGACCAACUGGGUCAUGCACGAGUAUCGCCUUGUGGACUAUGAAACCGAAAGCAACGGAAACUUGGUGCAAGAUGCUUAUGUGUUGGUCAAAGUGUUCCACAAGAAGAACAUCGGGCCACCAAGUGCGAACAGAUAUGCGCCGUUCAUUGAAGAGGAGUGGGCUGAUGAUGGAGUAGUUAGAGUCAGGGCAGAGCCGUUACCUUUAGCCAAUGGAAACAACCAGAUGGACCAGUCAGAAAGCAAGGAGCUUAUUAACAUCAACGAGACACCAAGAGAGGUGACUCCAGUGGAUAUGGAAGUUAACCAUCAGGAGAAUGCUCUCAAGCCGCAGGAGAAUAACAACAACAACAACCAUUGUGAUGAAGAUGAGAAAGCACUCAAACGUGAGCACGCAGAUAAGGUUGAGCGUCCUCCUCCUCCUCCGUUACCUCUCCUUCAAUACAAACGCAGACGCCAAAACGAAUCCAACAACAAAAACUCAAGCAGGACCACACAGGAGUCGUCCACAACAACAACCUUAAUCUCAUCCUCUGCCGCUGCUGCUGCCACCAGCACAGCCAUCUCUGCAUUGCUCGAGUUCUCCCUCAUGGAUAUCUCCGAGAAGAAACCUCUUCACAAGGAAGGUUCUCAUCCUACUCCGCUUCCAUCUCAUGAAGAGAAGCUUAACGAUCUCUAUAAGGAGAUUCACGAGAUGUCUGUUGAGAGAGAGACUUUCAAGCUUGAGAUGAUGAGUGCAGAGGCUAUGAUCAGUAUUCUCCAGUCCAGGAUCGAUGCACUGCGCCAGGAGAACGAUGAGCUUAAGAAGAACAGCGAGAAGGGACAAGCAACGCUCUAAAAAACAUAACUCUAGGUUUCUUCUUCUUUGCAUUUUAGCUUCUUACAUUAUGAGGUAGCUUCAGUAGACGGAUUGUGAACCGUGUGAAUGGCUGUUGUAAAAUUAGGAUAUUAUCCUUUUUUUUCGUUGGGGAUGUUUAAUGCAUCUUGUAGAACAUUUUCAGAUUGGUCCAUUCUCAUAUAUGCCGCUGUCUUAAAAAACUUCAAAUAACAUUAAGCCU